GAUAAACAUUAAUAAACCAUUCUCAAGUGGGAACAUUUGGUUGAGAUUAGCGGUUUUAUAUUAAAUAAAUUCUGAUCAUAAACAUAUUUUCGAGUGAUUUAUUAUAAUUUUUUGUUAUAAAGUAUGCCUGAAGAAAUAGAGUUAAAUAUCGAGAUUUUAAAACGUCGUAAUUUACCAUGGAUAGAGAAAUACCGUCCCACGAAGUUCGAGGAGAUUGUUGGAAAUGAAGAUACUAUUGCUCGGCUUUCUGUGUUUGCAACCCAGGGGAAUGCUCCAAAUAUAAUAAUCGCCGGCCCUCCUGGCGUAGGGAAGACAACGACCAUUCAAUGUCUAGCUCGCAUAUUGCUAGGAGACAGCUACAAAGAAGCUGUCCUUGAACUAAAUGCCUCAAACGAACGUGGAAUUGACGUAGUUCGUAACAAAAUAAAAAUGUUUGCACAAAAGAAAGUAACUUUACCAAAAGGCAGGCAUAAAAUUGUUAUAUUGGACGAAGCUGAUAGUAUGACUGAAGGAGCCCAACAAGCCCUCCGUCGAACAAUGGAGAUUUAUAGUAAUACAACAAGAUUUGCUUUAGCUUGUAAUACAAGCGAGAAAAUAAUUGAACCAAUUCAAUCUCGUUGUGCUAUGCUUCGUUUCACUAAGCUCUCAGAUGGUCAAGUACUAGCUAAAUUAAUUGAACUCUGUCAACGUGAACAGCUCUCAUAUGAAGAAGACGGAUUAGAGGCAAUUGUUUUUACAGCACAAGGAGACAUGAGGCAAGCGUUGAAUAAUUUGCAAUCGACUGCCCAAGGAUUCGAUACGAUAACUGGUGCUAAUGUGUUUAAAGUUUGUGACGAACCUCAUCCUAUGCUUAUACAAGACAUGCUGCAGCAUUGUACUCAAAACGAUAUACACAAAGCAUACAAAAUUCUAACUAAGUUAUGGCGCCUUGGCUAUGCCGCCGAAGAUAUAAUAGGGAAUAUAUUUAGGGUAUGUAAGCGUCUAAACGUGGAUGAAAAUAUUAAACUUAAUUUUAUUAAAGAAAUUGGUGUGACCCAUAUGAAAGUAGUUGAUGGAUUAAAUUCUUUCCUUCAGCUCACAAGCCUUUUGGCUAAAUUGUGCGAUAUUGCUGAAAAAUAAUAAAAUAAAUAGAUAACCAAGAACUUUGUU